UCAUACAAUAAAAAAACCCGACAUGUCUAUCACAAAGGAUCCCCCCAACAGCCCUGCAGCAGCAACAUCGCCGGCGGCGGAUCUAGCAAUCGACAAUGCAUCCAUCGAGAAGAACCCUGAAGUGAACAUCACGCACCCACCCCCAGAUGAACUCGUCGUAACUUUCACCAAUCCGCCAAAUACCUCACCCACAAACCCUCUGGACUGGCCCUCGCACCGCAAAGUCUUCACCGCGAUCCUCACCAGUUUCGGCGGCCUCAUAACGCUCAUGUCGGGACCCAUGCUCGCGCCCGCUCUCAAUGUCAUAGGCCACGAUUUGCACAUCUCCGAAGCUGAAGCCAGCAUGGCGCUGUCAAUCUACAUUCUCGCCUUUGCGUUCGGACCCAUGGUCCUGGGACCGUGCAGCGAGAUAUGGGGAAGAAAGCCAAUUUGGGUGCUUGGUGGCGCUUGGUAUAUUCUUUGGAACACGGUGGGUGGGGUGGCGGAGGGAAAGGAAGUGUUGAUUUUGAGUCGGUUCAUGGCGGGGUUGGGAGCGAGUGCUGAGUUCGCGGUUUCCGGUCCUAUUGUAGCCGAUAUCUACAACAGCGAUGAACGGGGAAAGUCCCAGAUAUUGAGAGGGCUGUUACCCCUGCUGGGCCCAGCUAUCGGUCCCCUGGUCGGAGGUGUUAUGGUGCAACACACAAGCUGGCGUUGGAUGUUCUAUACCCUUUCUAUUUUCAAUGCCGUCGUGACUUUGCUUUUUGUCUUCUUUCUUCCUGAGACCCACGCUCCGACACUACUGAAAAGAAAGGCGUCACAGCUCCAGAAGGCGACCGGGAGAGCAUAUUGCACAGGACUAGACUUCGACACUUUGACACUAGGCGCAAGACUCAAGACAGCCUUGAUCAGACCACUUAAAAUGCUGGCGACACAUCCGACAAUUCAAUUGACAGCUCUUGCAAUGGGGUGUCAAUUUGGUAUUCUAUAUAUAACGCACGCUACCUUUGCCACAAUGUGGACAAAACAUUACAGCCAGUCCGCCACUGCAAGUGGCUUACACUACUUUGCUAUUGUUACUGGCUGUAUAGUGGGUCUAUAUGUUGGAGGCAAAGUGACAGACCGACUGUGGGCUCAUCUGAAAAUGAAGAAUGGUGGAAAGGCCAAACCAGAACAUCGAAUCCCAUUGUUGAUACCGGGCGUCAUCAUGGUGCCAGUCGGCCUGAUUUGGUAUGGCUGGGCAGCCGAAAAACAUGUGCACUGGAUUGUGCCUGAUAUUGGUGUUGCGAUUCUCGGUUGUGGAUACAUUGUGGGUGUGUAUGCUGUACAGGCAUAUAUCGUGGAAGCUUUUCUCGAUUGCACUGCCUCGGCAGCUGCGGCAUCGCAGUUUCCGAGGAAUAUAUUUGCCUUCGCAUUCCCCAUAUUUUCCCCUGGAAUGUUUGAAACACUGGGUUAUGGAAUGGGGAACACGAUACUGGCUAUCGUAAGUUCUGUUGUAUGUAUACCGUUGAUUUAUAUACUUUGGAGGUACGGCGAGGCGUUGAGAGGCGAGGGAGAUAAGCGAGCGUAG